CAAAAAUAAGAAAUUGGAGAAAAUUACGCUAUAAAUUCUGAGAUUGGGCAAAAGCACCUGGGAGACAAAGCAAAACUCAUUCAUGGCGAUCUCAGGGCAACACUCGUCGAUGGAAUACCAAAUCUACGAUACCGACGAAGAGGAAGAAGAAGAGUGUCAUAGCGAUUCCGACUCAGACUAUGACCCGGACGAUUCGGACGACGCCGAUCGGAACGGCGGUAUUCUGGCCGACGCUCACUCUAAGUUCUCGGAGCUCUCGAUCAAGAACGCAGAGAAAUCUCGAAUCCGAAAAAAUGUUGAUUUUAAUGACGAUGCUGACCAGCCUCAGCACGAGGCGAGCUUUAUGGCGAUUGAUGAGGAAGAUGAUGAUAGCUCAAAGACGGUUCUGCGGCUCAUAUAUGCUGGGCAACUUGAGAAACUGAAAGUGGAGCAGUGUAAAGCUUAUCUGAGGAAGAAUGGUUUGAGGUUGACGGGAAACAAGGAGACACUCAUUCAGCGGAUCAAGGAACAUAUAGAGAUAGUCACCGGUAAGGGGGCGGAGAAGUAUCCAGUGUCUAGUUUUGUAUUGAAGUGCAAAGGCGAUGCAUGCACAGGCGAUGUUGUCAUGUUUGAACAGAAUGUCUAUGAACUAUUUAACAUAGCAUCUCGGAGUGCCAGUGGUCCUUCAUGUGGAAAGAGAAUUGUAGCAGGCCGUAUACUCAAAGAAAGCUAUGGUGCUGCUAAGCAACAGCACACUUUCACUAUAGAGGUUCUCUGGAGCAAAGGAGAGAAACCACUCCCUCCCCUUCAUCCCCUGCUUAUCAAGGGCCGAAAUCUUUACCGUUACAACACUAUGAGACAGAGAUGGGAAGAUGAAGGAGAGAGGACCAAAGCAUUGAUGGAAAAGCAUUCAAGGGGCUCAUUAGCAAGGUCCCAUAGGGAAGCCCGACUACAAGAGAAGGAAAGGAGGAAACUUUUAAGGGAAAUCAGGGCUUCCAGAAAACAGAACACUAAGAAGAACCGGGCUCUGCCAAUGUCAAUCUCAACCUCAAAAACAGGUACUGAAGCGGGGCAAUUAAGAGGAUCAUCUAUUGCCAGUAUUGGGCAGCCAAUAGUUCGGCCUAUACAGGUGAGUGGUGACCAGUUUCAAGAGAAACGUGGGGACUCACAGCACCGGGGGAAAAGUUUGAGCUCUAUGAACAGAACUAAGCAUGAACUUUGGCAUUCUGGGACUGAUGCUAAUUUGGGCAAUCAGAGACCUAAUCGUAAUUAUUCAAAUACAAAUGGAGCAAUGCAAAUACAACGCCCGCAAAGUAGCAAUGGAGAGAGUAGCUUCUGUAUGGAGCCAAAUUCUGGUCACGAAGGUUUGACUGCAUUCACGUUAGCGCACUGGGUACAUGAGAGGCGGCCAUUGGCAAUUAUGAAUCAACAUCCAAGGAACUUCGUGGGAGGAACUGAGCAAGGCCUCAGGAAGCCACGACGCUGCCGCUACUUUGAACAAGGAAGAUGCUAUUUUGGGGACAACUGCAAGUUUUUGCAUGAGCAUGGAGAACAUGUGUAAAGGUUUUAAGGGAAAAGAGGAAAGAUUAUUUUUUGGUUUCCAAGCCAACUUGGAAACUGUAGAGCAGCUCAGAAUUUGUAAAAUCAGUUUUCUUUCCAAGCACAUUCUCUGCAGCAAACCGUGUUUGAGAUUGACUUGAAAA